UAUGUUACUGUUUAUUAGGGGUGUAACAAAAAGCAAAAAGCAGCAAUUAUACCUUUUAUUGCUGACUACCAUGUUAGCUUGGCAUGAGGAAAAUUUGCACACUAGUGUUCCAAUAAGCCGCUCUAAAACUAUCCUGUUAUUUUCUUCUUUUAUUAUAUGUUAUGAAGAGAACUGUGGUAUUUCAAACAUACUUAUAUAGUUUAGACGCGGAGCGAAGGUGAAGCGGUGUUUCUGGUAUCAGUGAGCGAGGAGUGGAGUGGGAAACUGUGAACCUGGAGCGGAGCUGGAGCGGGAAAAUGUGAACCUGGAGCGGAGCGGUUAUAAAAUGCUCGAAGUGCGGAGGGGAAAUUGUUGUUGCUCCACUCCGCUCACAUACUCUGGUGGACACGUGAGCAUCAGAACUGGAUCACAGAGAAAUGGAAGAAGGUGGCCUGGUCUUAGGUCUGCACGAUAAAUAAAAUGGCAGUUGUGAUUAAUCAAAAGCUGUAAUGCAUAUCUUUCAGUGAAGCAUGGUUCUGUGAUCAGCAGUAAAUCUCCAUCUAAAGGCCAGAGGAAGCUCUUGAACGGAAACCACAAAUACGCCCGAAAUAGACCCUGGAAAUCAAUCGCUGCAGCUGAGUAAGCGUUCUUUAUUCUGUGUAAAAAGCCACACCAUCUCAUUGAAGGAUUUAUUUCAAACACUUGACUGACGUUAUGAAGUGAGUUUGGAGUAAAAACAUGUUAUUAAAUGUAGUAUUUGCACAUGCUUUCAGAUGUUGCAGCAUUUCUGCACAGAGCCAUAGUUCACUGAGAAGCGUCUGCAAUAAUGAACCCGAUAAAGCGCAGCUUUUCAGUGAAUUACGGCUCUGUGUAUUAAAUGCUGCUCCAUCUGAAAGCACCUGCUGGAGAUUUACUACCGAUUACACAACCGGCUUUACUGAAAAAAUGUGCAUGACAGUUGCCUUCGAAUAAUCGUGCAGCCCUACCUGGUCUGAUUAAUCACGUUUUCUUUCACAUCACGUGGGCAGCCAGGUGCGUGUGUGUGGCUUACUUGGGGAACACAAGGCACCAGGAUGCACUAUGGGAAGAAGGCAAGCCGGUGGAGGUGGUGUGAUGCUGAAUGUCUACAACAGGGGUCACCAAAUUUGUUCCUGGAGGGCCGGUGUCCUGCAGAGUUUACCUCCAACUUACCUCAACACACCUGGCUGGAAGUUUCAAGUAUACCUAUCAUUUUGUGCCCAGGGGUGCCCAGACUCGGUCCUGGAGCUAAACUAUGCAGGACACCUGCCCCUCAAGACUGACUUCGGGCAUCCGCACUAUAGACAUUGCCCUACUCCCCCAUUGUGUUGAAAUCUGCAUUGCAACCCCUGGCCGAUUGAUUGAUUUCUUGGAGGCUGGGAAAACUAACCUAUGCCGCUGUACCUACCUUGUCCUAGAUGAGGCAGAUCGUAUGCUGGACAUGGGAUUUGAACCUCAAAUCCGCAAAAUUGUUGAUCAGAUUCGUCCUGACAGACAGACUCUGAUGUGGAGUGCAACCUGGCCUAAAGAAGUGCGUCAGCUUGCUGAGGACUUUCUGAAGGAGUAUGUUCAGAUCAAUAUAGGUGCACUGCAGCUUAGUGCCAACCACAACAUCCUGCAGAUAGUGGAUGUCUGCAAUGAUGGAGAGAAAGAUGACAAACUUCUGAGGUUGUUGGAAGAAAUAAUGAGUGAGAAGGAAAAUAAGACAAUCAUUUUUGUGGAAACAAAGAAGAGAUGCGAUGAGUUGACCAGAAGGAUGAGGAGAGAUGGCUGGCCUGCCAUGGGGAUUCAUGGAGACAAGAGUCAGCAGGAAAGAGACUGGGUUCUGAAUGAGUUUAAGUAUGGGAAGGCCUGCAUCCUGAUUGCAACAGAUGUUGCCUCACGUGGAUUAGAUGUGGAAGAUGUCAAAUUUGUCAUCAAUUAUGACUACCCUAACUCAUCUGAAGACUAUAUUCAUCGCAUUGGAAGAACAGCACGCAGUCAAAAAACAGGCACUGCUUACACCUUCUUUACUCCCAACAACAUGAAACAAGCCAGCGACCUCAUCUCUGUCCUCCGAGAGGCAAACCAGGCCAUCAACCCAAAACUGAUCCAGAUAGCAGAGGACAGAGGAGGUCGUUCUCAUGGCGGUCGCAGUGGCUGUAAGGACGAUCGUCGAGAUCGGUAUUCUGGUGGGGGUAGGAGAGAUUUCAGUAGUUACAGAGAUAGGGAUAGUGACAGGGGUUAUGGUAGUGGACCAAAGGUGCAGAGUGGAGGCUAUGGAGGCAACAGCUAUGACAAAAGUAACAAUAGCAGCAGUAACUAUGGUAAUGGCUAUGGUGGCAAUGGACAGGUCAGCUACAAUACAGUGAACUCAGCUGUUGCCUUUGGGAAUCAAAACUUUCCAAACCAGUCAUUUACUGGAAACCAGGCUCCAGUCCAGAAUGGGAUAAUUCACCCACAGUACCCAUUUAAUCCUCCUCAACCACCCCAACAGCCACCACAGCCCAUGGUGCCCUACCCCAUGCCUCCUUCUUUCACCCAGUAAAGAACAGCAGCUACUUCUCCUAUUGACCAGACACUUAAAAUAAUGAAGUGACUUUGUCUUCUUUAAAAUAUUGUUACUAUCAUUUGUAUUGUUUAUAUUGCUUAUGGCACACAUCCAGACGAUAUUACUAGUCAAAGCAAUUACAUUGCACACAUCUUUUUACCAUUUUUAUUACAUUCCUCAGUAAUUUAUUCAGAUUAGGCAGUGCACAUUUUGAUUUAUUGUAUGUUUAAAAUCAGAUUUGCGGGUCAUGCAUGAAUCUUCAAAUAAAGAUCAAAAGAGAA